AUGGGAGGCAGGGGGCGCGGGAGUAGAAAGGGCUUGGACGACCAGGAACGCAACCGGCGAAUGGUUAGAAUUGUCGAUGGGCCAUCGGUGGGGCAGACUCCGGGGGUGUUUACAGUUCGCCAUCCAUCAAGCUCCGUGACAACUUCGUCGCCCACCGCAGAUGUUCAGAGCACAGCGAGGUCGACGAUUUCCCUGACGUCGAGAUCUCCUCCUCCACCCAACUGCAACACUGGAGUUUCCUUUUCAGCUAGCCCCCCUCUUCCGCAGAUAUCCAGCUCUUCUGUGCCUCCUACCCCCUGCCUGGGAUCUUCAGCUAGAGUUGCAACUCAUAACUCCCCGGCAUCGGGCCGUCAUGCACCUCCUAAAACGAUUCCCUUGAUACCCUUAACAUCAAUACAUGCCCCUACACCCAGAGAACAUACAGGCGCUAUUUGCCCUUCUGCGUGCCCUAGCCUGGGCACUGCGUCUUUUUUCAUGCCGACCAUUGCGACUCCCACCAUAUCCGACAGAAAGUCUCGCCAGAUACCGAGCUUUUCGAAGCCAUCUAUACGGGGAAAUGUGGCCUUUUCCACUCAUAGCAAUGUAGUGUCCAACAACAGAUGGGCCACUGUGACUCCUAUGACAUCGACCGUUGACGUUCCCCUAACAUUGAGCACUGGUACUUUGGGCACGGCGGGGCCUGUGACCGGAUUGCCCCUCCUUCCGGGCAUGGACAGGGAAUCAUUGUGCACCCCCUUGCCUCCUCCAUGUGGGUACUACGUUAUUGGCGAUGCAAAAGGUAUUCCCGUGGAUUUGAUUAUUGCUGAUGGCCUUGAGCCGGGUUCCUACUUAACCGAGGAUGAGCAGUACAGCUCAAAUGUCCCUGGAAUUGACCCUCGUGAAUUGGUCGACGACUGCAUAGAUGGUGGUGUAAAGCCAGUCGUUUCCUUCACCGCUGGCAAGGGCAGUCGUCUGGUAGAGGUCGUAGUCCCGGCUGGGCCAGAGCCGAGACGAUAUUUGUGGGAAGAGCGGGUACUUUUGAAACGAGAGCAGUAUACGGCAAGCGACAUAAGUGCUACGAAGGAAAGCAUACGGCGAUUUAUACAUCUAAAACGGGAACUGCUGGAAUGUGCCACAGCGUUGGGACCCAGACAUUAUGCAGAUAUUCACCGCGGCUCCAGACACCUUGCUCACAACGGUAAGGAUAUGACGAAUCCGAGCUGGAAAACAAUAAGCAGCAGCCCUGGAACCCGGUAUGUAGAGGGUAAUACCGUGAGUCUAGACGAUCAUGGCACUCUUCACAUGAGGGAGAGCCAUCAUGUCCAGCGGACGGGUGCAGCUGGUGAGCAUAGAUUUGCUAGCAUGGGACAAAUUCUACCAACUCAAAGGGAGCCAGCCAAUGGAGAUCAUGACAAGUUUUUCAGCAGGACGGGAGGUCCCUAUGUAAGAUAUGGACUAGCUUUUAGAGAGCAGGUCGUCGUCGGGAGCCUGGAGAACAGCUCUCAGGUUCAAGAGGCGGCAGCGAAUAGAGGCCGGGGCACUUGCAGUACACCGUCGAGACCUCUAGUCUUUGAGGGGCCCAGCAUCGGAGACAGAGGAGGCCUUGCCACCUUAAGGGAGGCAUCGCUUUCCCAUCAAAGUGCUGCAAGAAAGAGCAACGGUUGCGCUGUCAAUAUGGAAGAGAGUUCGCACGUCAAGCGGAGAGCUGUGGAUGGACUUCAGGGCAGCACUGGCUGCCUGGGGCAGCAGUCCCACGACCUACGGCUAUCCGCGAAUGGGGAUCAUAACCGAUUUCUGAAGUUGUGCGAGUGCUACCAGAAUAAAUGGGGAACAGCUUUGGGGGAACGC